AUGAGGUCGCUUACUGCUCUCAUCGCCUGCUUUUGGGUAUUGGCAAGCCAAACGUCCGCACAUUAUAUCUUCAACCAGUUCUCUUCGGCAGGCAUCAAGUACCCAGUGUAUCAAUAUAUCCGGCAAAACACGAACAUGAACUCGCCUGUGAUAGACUUGACGUCCACCGACCUGCGCUGUAACCAAGGAGGUGUUACCGGCGGAAACACCCAGACCAUUACCAUCGCAGCUGGCUCCUCGUUCACGUUCACGAGUGAUACUGCCGUAUACCACAACGGUCCUCUGUCGAUAUACAUGGCCAAAGCCACAAGCACCGCCGCCGCCUUCGACGGGGCCGGGAGCGUCUGGUUCAAAAUCCUCGACCUGGGCCCGACCUUCUCGAACGGCGCAGCCACUUGGCCCUUGGCCCAGGACUACAGCUACACCGUCCCCACAGCCCUGCCCAGCGGCGACUACCUCCUCCGCAUCCAGCAGCUGGCAAUCCACAACCCGUACCCGGCAGGCAUCCCGCAAUUCUACGUCGAAUGCGCGCAGGUGACCGUCACCGGGGGCGGCAGCGGGGCUCCAGGUCCCCUUGAGUCGAUCCCGGGCUUCAUCAAGGGCGAUGAGCCAGGCUAUACGGCUAAUAUCUACGCGAACUUUAGCAACUACACUGUUCCUGGGCCGGAGGUCUGGAGUGGACAGAACGCUGGUGGUGGGGGUGUAUCGGUUACGACGAAGAAGCCUGUAGUGAGUCCCGUCGAUCGUUUUCGUCUCGUCGUCUGUCUCGUCGAGAUAGCUGGCGACAACGCUGACAACAUCCGCCAAGCCAACGAGCACAACGGCAACGGGUGCGCUGGCAUCGCAUUACGCGCAGUGCGGUGGACAGGAUUGGACUGGGCCGAAGGCUUGCGUCAGCCCGUAUGUAUGUACUUUCAACAACGCCUACUUCUCGCAGUGUCUUUGAAAGCCGAGACGCUAGUAGGUAGGAGAAGCGAGGCGAAGAAAAGAGGGGGAUGGGGAGUUGUUAUUCGGAUGUCGAUUGAUUGA